AACAUAGCACCGCGAUAACAGCUUUCGACACGGCAUACCAUCGCUGGGCUACUCGGCCUGAAUACCCGGUUACAAGUUUCUCUGUAAUCUACCUCCUGUACAUCUUCCUCUCGUCACAGUCGACCAUGGCAACCCCAGCAUCAAGCGGACUCAAGUUCCUGAGCAAUGCGCUCGCGACUCCCGAACAACUGUCCAACUCGUCCUCCUCCAUCGACGGGGUCGCGCCCGACCUCGAGGCCUCAAUCCGCUUCGCCGGGGCCCUCCUCACGCAAGCAGCGGGGGUGUACCUCCGGCUAUCGCAGGACGUCAUCGCUCAGGCCAUUGUGACAUUCACGCGGUUUUGGAUCGGAUCCGAAGGAGGGAGUCUUCGGAUAUACAACGUGAAGGACGUCUCCGCCGCCGCCCUCUACCUCACAGCCAAACUCAGCUUCCAGCCGACCUCCCCGCGCUCGAUCCUCAACGUCUACGGCUUCCUCGUGUCCAAAGAAGCCUCUCCGCUGUGGUGCACGAACCCGAGCCCCGCCACCAAAGAACCCCCGAACCCGGAGACCUACGUACUCACGGAGGGACAAUAUCAGGCGCAGCGGUUGGGGCUGAUGCGCACGGAGGCGCUCAUCCUGCGGACGCUGGGGUUCAACACGCACGUUGCGCUGCCGCACACGGUCUCUCUGACGUAUCUGCAGACGCUCGGUGUGACGGCGCCGGCGGUGGCCCGGCGGGUGUUCGCGCACCUGAACGCGGCGCUCAUGUCGCCGCAGCUGCUGUACGUGACGCACCAGCCCAAUGCGCUGGCAGUGGCGGCGAUCUACCUGGCGGCGCGGGAGGAAGGCGUCAAGCUGGUGAAUAGUGAGUGGUGGGAGGUGUUCGAUGUGGACCGCGAGGAGCUGGGCUUCCUGGUGGUGGCGAUGCGGAGUAUGGAGGGGUUUGCGACGGCGGAGUUGGAGAAGUGGAAGGGGAGGGCGGUGCCGAUGACGGUCGAGGAGGUCGAGGCAGAGAUCGAGCGGAGGCGGGCGGAGGGGGAGUGA